AUGCCACAGGGUGACUUAGCGAUGUUGUCCCCGCAGGAAGCGGCCAAGAUAUACCACGCAAAUUACAUCAGAAACUCGAGGGCCAUCGGGGUGCUGUGGGCGAUCUUCACCAUCUUGUUCGCAAUAGUGAACAUCGUGUGCUUCAUACAACCCUAUUGGAUUGGGGAUGGGGUGGACACCCCCCAGGCUGGUUACUUCGGGCUCUUCCACUACUGCAUCGGCAGCGGCUUCAAUAAGGAGUUUACCUGCACCGGCAGCUUCACGGACUUCUCCUCUAUCCCCUCGGGGGCUUUCAAAGCUGCCUCUUUCUUCAUCGGCCUGUCCAUGACGCUCAUCAUCUCCUGUAUAGUGUCCUUCGUGCUAUUCUUCUUCUGUAACACGGCCACGGUGUACAAGAUCUGCGCCUGGAUGCAGCUCUCCUCUGCUGCCUGUCUUGUACUAGGAUGUAUGAUCUUCCCUGAUGGUUGGGAUGCAGAUGAGGUUCGGCGUAUGUGUGGUGAAAAGACAGACAAGUACUCUCUGGGUGCAUGUUCGGUGCGCUGGGCAUACAUUCUGGCAAUCAUUGGGAUUCUGGAUGCCCUCAUCCUCUCAUUUCUAGCCUUUGUUCUUGGUAACAGAUUGGACAGCUUAAUGGCUGAGCAACUCAAGCUGGAAAGUAAAGAUGAUGGAAAUGCCUAAUAAUUAUAAGCUCUGCUGAGUUAAUAUUCAGAAAAGCAAGUAUACCGGAUACAAACAUUUUUGUACAUCAUCAUUAAGUGUUAAGAAGACUUCAAUGUACAAAGACAAUUCUGAACUGUGGCAGUGUUUUUAAAGUUAACUUGUAAAAUGAGUUAAGAAGACACAAAUAAUGCUUUUCCAACUGACAUGUAUGCCAUCUCAACAGAACUAUUUUGUAUUACUAUAAUUAUAUUCAUGGGUACCUCAAACUAGUGGGUCUUUAUAAAGUUGUGUUUGAUGUGUAAUAAAUAGGUUAAUUUCAUAUUUAAUUUUUUUAAAGGAUUCUGGCAAAAUUAUAUAUGUAUAAUAGCUCGUAAAGAACAGAACACGUAAAGUUAGUGUUGGUUAUAUUGUUAGGUCCAUAGAUACAUACAAAAAUAUCCUUAAUAUUAUCAUGUACCAUUGAUGGUAUAAAAUAUUUUUUCAAAAUGCAUCAUGUAUCCAAUCAAUUUAGUCAAAGUUUUUACACACAAUGUCAGUUCACUAAAACUAUGAUAUAUUAAUCAUUUCUCAUCCACAGUAUUAGGACAGAAACAUGAUAGAUUUAGUAGAUCUUCCUUUUUAAUGUAGUUUUAUACAUUGCUUCGACUAUUUAAAUAUAUAUAUCACAAAAAGCAUUCUUACGAAACACCUUGAAGCUGUAUGCUCUGGGUUAUCACCAAAAAUAAGUCCUUUAUAGCCUUCCGUUAUCAGGUCUGGGAAAUAUUGAAUCAGUUUGUUCAUACCGUAGUUUCAAUGUCAUCUCCCUUGGUACUUGAUACAUUUAGAUGGGAUUAGUAUAGAUCACAAAUGAAGGAAAUGUAUUCUUCAUGUUACCAAAAAAAUAAACUUUUAUGAAAAAGGAUUUCACACCAAAUAUUCCCUCUUCAUCAUGUUUCUGUCACCAGAAUUUGUGUGAAAGCUACAGAUUGUAUAAAGACCGCUUCUAAAGAGAGGAAAUGUCUGUAUAAAAUAUCACAAGUGAUGAACCAUUUCUAGUUAUUAAGGUUUCAAUAUGAUUAUAAAGUGUACUUAAAGCCAACAUCAUCAUGAUAUUUAGAUAAUCUUGCAUUUUAGGAGUCCACAUAUGUUGUUUUUUUUAAGGUGCAUAGUUACUUUUGACAUAUGGAAUCUCUGUCCUUACGUAAAGUAAAAAUAACUGUAUUUUGAAGUAGGAUAUGUUAAUAUUUUCUGCUCAGGAGACUAAUCUUCUUCUGUCAGUCUCUCCUAUAGCAGAAUAGUAAUCCUCAUAGAAUAAAAAAUGUUUGCUUACUCUUAAUGUGAAAUCGGCAUUAAUAAAGGUAUGGUAGGAUGAAGAAUUGAUACAGCAUCUCAUAUUUUAAUGUGUGAGAAUUCUUGCACUUGCUAUGUGGUUUAUAUGUUGUGAAUCUAACAUGCCCUUAUUGAAGAUGUGCACACUAAAAGAUUAAUUGCAUACAUUGUUCAGCAUUGUCAGUGUGGAUAUUUUGAAGUAGAUCUAGUUUCACUUCACUAUGGUAUUACAUAAUAUCUCAUUAGAUCAUUUGAGGAAUGGCAAUGGAGGAUGGGUAGGCAGGAUUGAAAAUGUCAUGUAAAAAUACAUAAAAUAGAAAUGUGUGGUUUAUAAAUUAUUACGUAUCUGCUAUGUACUGAAAGCUCUAAGAAACCUGUCUAAAAGCUAUAUAUAGUUUAGAUGAGCCAGCAUCUUACAGAUGACAUUAGGUCAACACCAGCCUAGAUUGUUAUGUUGAAUUUACUGACGUAGCGUCCCAAGAUGAAAGUAGCAUACUUUUGAGUAAGAAAUGUAUUGUACUUAUUAAACUCACACUGCGCCACAAAAUGGUAUUCACGUCGCAGACCCUGAGAUUUACUACACCAGAAAGAAACUGUUAGUAGUGUUUGUAAAAACAGUAUCAGUAAUAAAACAAACACCUGUUAUGUUUUGGAUGAGUAAAUUGUGUACUGUAUAUAAUAAACUGUAUAUUAUAUGAUUUGAUAAAUGGACACACAA